GUCCCAUUAGACAAUUUUGAACCUAGUGAGGUGAGUGAUAGGCGCAAAUGGAGAAUGAAGAUAGAGAGCGUGUUACCAUUUCCAGUAUCAUUGUUUUCAAUCAGUUUUGGGAACUACAUUGGCAAUUCACUUUCUUUAUGGAAAAUACCAUGUGCAAAUGAAAGAAGUGCUGAAAAAGAACUUGAAGUAGUGACUCACAUUAAGGACAAAAUGCCUGUGUUUUCUACCAGAGCAAUAAGGAAAGAGUUUUUUGAAAGAUAUCCGAAUCUGAAACCAUAUGAACUGAGAAAUAUGUUCUUCAAGCUUACAAAUUUUGAAUACUGUGCAGAGAAUCAAACCACUGCAGCUGUUGAUGAACGAUUCUUGAAGUUUAUUUUAUCUAGUGAUGAUGAAGACUUAAUAGUGGACCUUAGGAAAAACAAUGGCCGUCCUUGUGACCCGAAGCUACAACCAUUUUGGGAUGAACUUGCCAAGUUACUGGAGGAGGUUUCAACAGUGGAUGAUCGCCGCCAGCAUUCAACAUCCUAUCUUCCAUUUGCAAUUUCUAUUGAUGAUUUACGAGAACAAGUGAAAGCAAGACUUCCUCCAGGUGAUCCGACUCCUUCAAAUUCCUGGAUCAGACUGAAUUUCAUGCCAUCUAACCCAAUGGCUAAAACGGCAGCAAACUACACCGGCAGAUUCAAUGUUAAAUAUGCUGUACAGCAACGAUUGCUGCGUGCACAACAUGAUGAUGCAUCCUUUGCCUUACAUCAGUUCUACAUGUUGAAAGACAUGGCCGUCCAGUACAGGGAAUUUGCUCACAUGCAGUGUCUUGAUGAUAAAGCAAUCGUACCCAUAGGUGAACCAUACCGACCUGUUUCCACUGGUGUUAGGGCACAUCAUCAAGGACUGACAAUUAGCAAUAGCAAAGGCCUACUUUGUCUCGAUCACGAUUACAGCAUUGCUGGGAUGGUACCUUCAGUGUGCUUUCAAGUGUCUAUUCCUGAAAAUUCCAGAGAUUCAUUUCAUUCAGGAACCUUACAUAUUACACUGAAAGACAAGGUAUUCCAGAGCUCCACUCCAUUUAGGCAUGGUAUGGAAACCAUCAACAUUUUGCGGGAGUUUCAUAGUCAUGAUGAUGUGAAUUUGGAUAAGCCAAUACUCUUCCGUUAUACAGAUGGUGGUCCUGACCACAGGACAACAUUUCGCUCUGUUCAAGUUGCUGCUUUGCUGGAAUUUAUAAGUUUGGAUUUAGACUUGCUAGUCUGUGUUAGAACAGCCCCAAACCAAAGCUAUAAUAAUCCUGCAGAGAGGAUGAUGUCAAUUUUGAAUAUUGCAUUGCAGAAUACCGCCCUUUGUCGUACAGCCAUGUCUGAGGGAAGAGAGCUACAAGCAAAGCGAUUGACAUCACUUGCUUCCAUACGAAGAUAUGCUGAGAAAAAUCCAGAUUUCAAAACUGACUAUAUAGAUUCUAUUCAGGAGCCUAUCACUAUUAUUUCUGAACGAUUUCAGAAACUUAAACUAAAAGGAAAACCUGCUCAUGUGCACAGUGCAGCAACAGAUGGAGAAAUCAAAGAUCUGCUUGAAAUUAUUCAUGUGCUCGAUCAAGACUACAAAACAGAAGAUAUUUCAAACUUUGAAAAAUCUAGGAUGGUUCAUGCAUUCAUGAAGUCACAUGCAAGGUUUCGCCAGUAUUCCUUUCAGCCAAAGUUCGCAACUAUGUUGUCUGCCAUGACUGUGGAAAAAGACGGGUUGUGUAUUCUGCUGCAAAACUAACUAGGGAGCAAGAAACCGCAGUCACUCGUGUGAAGGAAGAGCUGCUUUACUCAUGUGGUAACCCUCUUUUCCCUGGUGGUGCUUACCAAGAUAUUAUCAUCGUUAAGGAGGGGAUGAAUUGUCAGAGCCCCAUGGAGACCACGUACUAUUCUGGAACUGCCCAGGUGUUUGAGUCUGUGUGUUUUCAUUGUGGCAAAGACGAAGAUUUGGCUGAUAACGAUGAAAUAAACAAUUUAAGGUCGAACUAUCUUGUUCGUCCCAUUUGUAACCACUGUGUAGCCAGUGGAAAGGAGCCGGUUACACGAGCAUCAAAGAAACAGCGAAAAUAAAUGUACAUUACAGAAUAAAGUCGAUAAUGAAUCAAAA